UGUCUCUACAUCUUAGCUAGUAGUUUGAUGCACACAGCAGUUUUUGUGAUAUAAAGCCAUAGCAACACUCUUCCAGAUAUAGAGAAACAUUUGUAAAAGUGUUUUUUGUGAUGUGACGUGCGUUCAUAACGGAACUGCCUCCGAUUCUCAACAUGCGCACUUAGGCUAAAUCCACCAAUGCUAACUGCAUGUGGAUCACCAGCUGCUCUUACUGAGGAAGUGUUGUUAGCUUUAAAGUGAAUUUAGUAUUGAAUUAUUUUUGUAGUCAGCGGAAAAUCUAGUAUUUUAAACGAUUUGGAUUCAAAUUGAAUUUGGUCUGUGGACAUAGAUAAACUGACGUAACGUACAACAGUCUUAUUUUGAUAUGCAUGCAGUGCGAUGAGUUGACUUGAUGGUUUGUCUGUUUCGCAGUCGUCUGUGACCUAUUUGAAUGGUGACGUCACACCGCUAAUCUUUAAUUUCCGAGCACGCUGUGCGCAAUAACAUUCAGUCGCACGGGUUAGAAGCAGCUGGAUUUGAAGUUCUUAACCUGAAGCCUGGAUCUACCGCUAAAAUGGGGUCUAACGGAGACCUCAACGCAAACUCGCAGUGUCUCAGUAGCACUGGGGACCUGGUCCUGGACAAAGCGAUCAGUCAGUGGAUGACCUGGGAUAAGAAUCCUCAGACACGGGAACAGAUUGAGUCUCUGGUGCGAGAGGGGCAUGUGGUGGAGCUGAGGAGGAGGUUGUGCUCCAGGAUGACGUUUGGAACGGCUGGCUUGAGAGCCCCGAUGGGAGCGGGGUUUGCUCGCAUCAAUGACCUUACUGUCAUCCAGUCUACACAGGGAAUGUACAAAUAUUUAGCCAAAUAUUUCCCUGACCUGAAAAAAAGAGGGCUGGUGAUUGGUUAUGACACUCGUGCCCAAGCAAGCAGUGGCUGCACCAGUGAACGGCUUGCAAGGUUGACUGCAGCUGUUAUGCUUUGUAAAGAUAUCCCUGUCUAUUUGUUCUCUACAUAUGUGCCGACCCCAUUUGUGCCGUAUGCUGUGAUGAAGUAUGGAGCUGCAGCUGGAGUCAUGAUCACUGCUUCUCAUAACAGAAAAGAGGACAAUGGGUACAAGGUUUACUGGCACAACGGUGCACAGAUCUCCUCGCCACACGAUAAGGAGAUCUUGCAUUGCAUUGAGGAGAGUACCGAACCAUGGACUGAGUCCUGGAACAUGGAUCUAGUUGAGAGCAGCCUGUUAAGGAGAGACCCGCUGGAGGACGUCUGCCGCUGGUACAUGGAAGAGCUAAACACUGUCUGCUUCCACAGAGAACUUAACUCAAAGUCUCCCCUGAAGUUUGUGCAUUCAUCUUUCCAUGGUGUUGGUCACAACUUUGUCCAGAGAGCUUUUCAGCAGUUUGGCUUCCCACCCCCCAUCCCUGUCCCAGAACAGAAAGAUCCAGAUCCAGAAUUUUCCACUGUCCGUUGUCCUAACCCAGAGGAAGGAGAAUCUGUCUUAGAGCUGUCCCUUCGUUUGGCUGAGAGAGAAAAGGCUUGCAUUGUUGUGGCCACAGACCCUGAUGCUGAUCGCUUGGCUGUUGCAGAGCAGAAUGACAAUUGCAGUUGGAAAGUGUUCACGGGAAAUGAGUUAGCUGCAUUGCUCGGCUGGUGGAUGCUGUAUAACUGGAAGGAAGCACAUCCGGACCCAGCAGACACUGAGAAAGUAUACAUGCUGGCCACCACUGUUUCUUCCAAAAUACUUAAUGCCUUUGCACGCAUAGAAGGCUUUCAUUUUGAGGAAACAUUGCCCGGCUUCAAAUGGAUUGGAAAUCGAAUCCAUGAAUUAACAAAAGCAGGAAAGGAGGUCAUUUUUUCCUUUGAAGAAUCCAUUGGGUUUUUGUGUGGGAGCAUGGUUCUUGAUAAGGAUGGAGUCAGUACAGCGGCUGUUGUGGCUGAGAUGGCUGCUUAUCUGCACACCAAAAACCUUUCCUUGAGCCAACAACUAUGCAACAUCUAUGAAAUAUAUGGCUAUCACAUUUCCAGAACAUCCUAUGUCCUCUGCAAUGACCCACCCACAAUUUAUAAAAUAUUUAGCCGUCUGCGCAACUUCGGAGGCCUGGGUGUAUACCCAGGAUUAUGUGGUGAUUACUGUAUCACACACAUCAGAGAUGUGACCACUGGUUAUGACAGCAGUCAGCCUGACAAAAAAUGUGUCCUUCCAUUGACAAAAAAUAGCCAAAUGGUUACAUUCACAUUUCAGAAUGGCAUUGUUGCCACACUUAGGACCAGCGGGACUGAGCCAAAGAUCAAGUAUUACACAGAAUUCUGUGCACAACCAGGAGAACGUGACAUCUCUUGUCUGGAGGAGGAGUUAAGGAAAGUGACCACUGCUCUAGUUGAAGAGUUUCUUGAGCCUGACAAGAACAACCUGCUUCGCAGAUCAGUAUAGCUUUAUUUAACUUGUGGUAGGAUCGUUGUCCUCGUGGGAAUCUCAUGUAAACCAGUCCCAAAGGCCUGUCACUGUACCGUCCUGUGAAUGUCAUUGUAUUACUGUGAAAUAAUUUGAAGGAUUAUCACUUCAUGGCUCUCAAACAAAAAAAAAGUAAGUAUGAAUGCUUAUUCAUUGUAGUGGUUAAUAUAUGACAAAAAAUAUUGUCAUGAUCAUUUUCUUUUCUUUUUUCUUUACCACAAUUGAAUGUGUCUUGCUCAGAAAAGUAAAAUUACAAGGCUUUGAUUUUAUUUAUAUAACAUUUUUCAAGAAACCUUCUUAAGUUUGAGUGCCACAUUAUUGCCAUUACUUCUGUUGUAUUAGUCCCACCUGUUUUGACCUGAUGUUUGCUGGUGUCUGGAUUUCAUGAAUGUCACUCCACAUUAUAUUACAAGUAUUAUUUUAACCCCUGAUCUGCUCGUUGUUGUAAGAGGUUUUGCUGAGAGUUGCUGCUGCUGCUACCUUUUUAAAGCUCUGUGAGCAUGUGUAUUUGUUGUGCUCUCAUAAACCUGUGUCCGUAUUAUAUAAUUAUGUGUUGAUGCUCACAUAUGUGUUGCAACGUAUGUUGAUGCUCACACGCUUUAUGUAGUGUUACAUGCGUUGAUAAUCAGGAGGCAAGCAGGACAGCAUUUUGUUGCUUCCCUGACUUCUGCUGGCUUUGUCAUGCUGGAUACGCACAGAGUAGAUGUAAUAAAUGGAAGAUUCUGGGUUUUGUUUUUGAAAUUUCUGCUGUACUUAGUUUGAUGGGCAUAUUUGACUUUUGUGGGUUAUAUACACAAUGUGCAAGUUGCAGUAAGUCAAACAAGUGCCAUUGCCUUGCAAGCAAGACAAGCAAGGCAUUGCACUCUACUGAUAGAUUAAGACUUGGAGAAGGAUAAUUAUUCACUCCUUAAACAAGAACUUUUAAAAGAGUUCAGAAAAGAAAAAUUGGUCAUGUUACUGUUUUAUUUCCUAGCAGUUCUCCAUCACUUGUUUCUUUGUACUUUUUUAGGUCAUUUUUCCAAAGGAUCUUAAACUACUCUAUUUAUUUUGUUGUUCUAUGACUAUGCACUCUGAUAGUUAUUUCUACCAUACAUUUGUUUUUGCCCACCAUGAAUUAGAUUUAUCCUUGUCUCAAUUAAUAUCGAGUUGGUGCCAUUUAAAGGGUUAGUUCUCCCAAAAAUGAAAAUUCUGUCAUUAAUCACUCACCCUCAUGUCUUUUCACACCCGUAAGACCUUCGUUCAUCUUUAGAACACAAAUUAAGAUAUUUUUGAUGAAAUCUGAUGGCUCAGUGAGGCCUGCAUUGCCAGCAAGAUAAUUAACACUUUCCGAUGUCCAGAAAGGUACUAAAGACCUAUUUAAAACAGUUCAUGUGACUACGGUGGUUCAACCUUAAUGUUAAGCUUCAUGAAGCUUCGAAGCUUUAUGAAUCAUUUGUUUCGAAUCAGUGGUUCGGAGCGUGUAUCAAACUGCCAAAGUCACGUGAUUUCAGUAAAUGAGGUUUCAUUACGUCAUAAGUGUUUCGAAAUUUCAAUAGUUCGCCACUGGGGGGCAUGACUUUGGCAGUUUGAUACACGCUCCGAACCACUGAUUCGAAACAAAAGGUUUGUAAAGCUUUGAAGCCUCAUGAAGCAGUGAUUGAAAUUGCCCAUCACUAGAUAUUGUUGAAUAAAGUUAUUUUGUUAUUUUGGUGCACAAAAAGUGUUCUCGUUGCUUCAUAACAUUAAGGUUGAACCACUGUUUUAAAUAUGUCUAGUAGCUUUCUGGGAAUCUAAAAGUAUCAAUUAUCUUGCUGGCAAUGGAGGCCUAACUGAGCCAUCGGAUUUCAUCAAAAAUCUCUUAAUUUGUGUUCCGAAGAUGAACGAAGGUCUUACGGGUGUGGAACGACAUGAGGGUGAGUAAUUAAUGACGGGAUUUUCAUUUUUGGGUAAACUAACUCUUUAAUAUCCUUGCUAUUGUAUUGUUAUACUGAGUUUAUUUUAACAAAUAUCCUCUGUGUAAUAUUGUCUGAUUGAAGACACUUCAUUAUCAGAUCCAAAUCAAAGUUCAUGAAAUGUAAAGUAUUUUAGUAUUUUGAAAAAAUAAUAAAUAUUUUUGUUGACUUAACUGGUUGAGAGGGUCAAAUAGAGUGUACCUGAUUUUUGAGGUGGGGAAAAAAGAAAAGAUAUUUUGUGCUAGUGAUAUUUUUGGAAAAUCGAAGGAAGAACCAUUUUCUUGAGUCUAAUGUGUACAAGUACAGAAUGUUUUCUUCUUUCUGCAUUAUUGUUUCAAGUAAAAUAUUUAUUUGCAGUGCAACCUUGACAUUCCUUAUGUACACCUCUCUACAAAUAAAUUGUAUUUGUAAUGUGUUGUAUUUAUAACUUUCAAGAAAUAUGGGAAAUGGCAACAUUUUUGUAAAUAUUUAUGAACAGGAGCACCAAACAAUCCGUCUUUAAAAUCUGGAGAUCAUCUGGCCCCAGAAAUCUGUGAAAUGUAUGCUAUUGCAGAGGAACAGCAUUUUAAAAUUAAAUUUUCUGUUGAUAAAAUGAA